GGAGACGUUGAAAUGGUUAGAUAGCAUUGUUAGGCAACGAAGUGCAGUAACAGCACCACUUGGUGCUUCUUCUGUCCUUCGCUUGCCUUGGUUGUUUCACCUGCAACCAUGGCGCGGUUAUUCUCUAAGCUGAAAGCAAUUGACUUCUUCAAGAAGAUACCAAGUGACCUCACGGAAGCGACAUUAACGGGCGCAUGGAUAUCAAUACUGGCCGCUGUGAUCAUGGUUUUCCUCUUCACAGCGGAGAUGAUGUCGUUUCUUUCCACGACUACUACAACCCAGUUGAUCGUGGACCGGAGUCCCCAAAACGAGCUCUUAAAGCUUAAUUUCAACAUAAGCUUCCCGGCGCUGUCGUGCGAGUUCGCCACCGUGGACGUUAGCGAUACCCUAGGAACGAAACGUAUGAACCUGACCAAGACGGUUCGAAAAAUGCCCAUCACAACUGAGUUGGAGCGCAUGAGCGAAAAGGGUUCAGCCGUGGAGGACAGCUCCCACAAGCCCGGACCCAAGUAUGACGAGGAGGGCCGGUUUGACGAUGAGCCGGACAUCGACAUCACAGUGCCGUUGUCGCAUGUAAAUUUCGAGGCGACCCUGGCUCGCUACCCCAUUGUGGUGGUCAACUUCUUUGCGCCUUGGUGUCACUGGUGUCAGCGUCUGGAGCCCACCUGGGAGGCCGCAACCAAGGAGGUCCACGACAAGUACCCGGAGUGGGACGGGAGGAUCAGGUUUGCCAAGGUGGACUGCACGCAGGAGAUGGAGCUGUGUCGCACGCACUUCAUUCAGGGCUUCCCCUCCAUCCGGGUGUUCAGGAAGGGACAUGACGACAUCGUCAUUGGAGGAAUGCACGAACACGAGUCGUACAUGGGUGACCGCACCAAGGAGGCGCUGGUGGCCUUCGCUGACAGCCUGGUGCCCUCGGCGGGGCAGCCCCACAGGAAGCAUGCGGCGCUGUCUGCGGCACCCAAGACCCCGGGUUGCAACCUGGCUGGCUUCGUGAUGGUGAAGAAGGUCCCCGGCACCCUGACGGUGGUGGCGCGCUCCGAGGGGCACUCGUUCGACCACACCUGGAUGAACAUGACCCACCUGGUCCACACGUUCCACGUGGGAACCCGGCCCUCGCCCAGGAAGUACCAGCAGCUCAAGAGACUGCAUCCAGCGGGUGAGGGAGAGGGGGAUUUAUUUUGGUGGAGAGAAAAGAGGGAGAAGCGAGGUGAGCACCCCCAGUCCACACACGAGCACUACCUGCAGAUUGUGUUGACAUCCAUUGAGCCCCGGCGGUCCCGGCACAGUGGCAAUUACGACGCGUACGAAUACACGGCACACUCGCACACGUACCAGUCUGACGCCAUUCCCUCGGCGCGCUUCACCUACGACCUGAGCCCCAUACAAAUUCUGGUUCAGGAGACUGCCCGGCCUUGGUAUCAGUUUUUGACCACCAGCUGCGCCAUCAUCGGCGGUGUGUUCACAGUGGCGGGUAUCCUGGACGCGCUGCUGUACCAGAGCUUCAAGGUCGUCAAGAAGCUCAACUUGGGAAAGCAGGGCUGAGCAACCACAGCAACCGCAGCGCGGGUCGCAGCAGAAGCAGAAGGAGCAGCAGCAACGACAACAUAAGUCACGGCAGCAGAAGCAGCAGCAGACGGGGAGGAGGGGUUGCAGAGUAGCCUCAGAGCAGCAUCCUGUGUCGUAGUUGUACGACCUGGUUCAAGUACUACGGGCUACUGCCGCUGCUGCGUCAUUCGACCGAGGCAGUAGUAGACAACUGCUGAGGGUGUUUAACAGUGGUGAUGAUAGUUAAGGUGGUGGUGGUGGCUGCGGUGGUGGUGGUGGGGAGCUAUAGUGGUGCUCAUCCAUUGUGUCGUCCAGUGUUUUAGAGCUGCCCGGUACAUAGCUACUGCGUGUCAGUGAUGGUUGUGUGUAUGGGGGGGGGGAAACUGGGGUGUCAUUUUUGCAGUUGGGAGCUGGUGGGAAGGGGCUGGACGGAGAGUCUCUGCAUGUACAUGUGGAGGGAUCUGGAACUCACUCUUGUGCGCUGAGGUGGCAGACCGACCAGCAGCAGCUCCAGGACAAGGGUGCGUGGGGUAUGAGGAGCGCGGGAAAUGAGGAGCUGUGACUUAAUUUGGCGUUAUGCCGCCGUGGCUUUUCCUGGUGCCGCUGUUCUUGGUGGUGGUGAUGAUGAUGAUGAAGCUGCGAACCCAUGCAUGCUGCCGUUUCGGUAACUAGGUAGAUGUGGACGUACUCCAACCUCCCGUGGGGGUCGGGUCGGGUCUAUGAGAGUUUAUGUCACUUAGGGUUUUGGUGAUCCGUGAUUCGCUCGAUCAGUGGUGUAUGUGUGUGUGUGUGCGCAAUUAUGUGACCCUGUUAGCAGGACCUCGGUGUUAAAAACCAACCAUGUAUCCAAAUAUAAUUUUUUACACACG